CCAUUUCAUUAUUCCGUCUGUUCCCCAAUUUCACAGCCCCGCUCGAAGCACAGGCGGCGCGGGAGGCGAUAUCUAGGGUUUCCCCUCCGGUGAGGUUUGAAGGGGGCCGACGGUGAGGCGGUGGCUUAUCGCCGCUUCGUCGGUGGUGCUCCGACGUCAUGGCGCCCUCGCGACGCGUCGUUGGUGCUCCUCCGCCUGAAUACGGUCAGUACUCUUAUUCGAUUUGGUCGCUGGGGUUUUUAUCCGAGAGAGUUUUGAACCUGCUUGGUGGAGUUGGAGUUGCAAGUAACAACGGUUAUCCGAUUUGGUCGCUGCGGUUUUGAUCCGAAGUAACAAUUAGUUCGUAGAGUUGCCAAAUUUUAGGGUUUUCGUUAGGCGAUUUCUUAGACCUUUGUCUCUGCUUUGCUAGGAAGCGACGAUUUAUUUUCCGUUGAGAUGCGCCAUGGUGGUUUCUUCUGUGGCCAUGGCACGAACAAAACUUAUGUGGACGGGCGCACUGACUGGUUCGACAACUGUGAGACGGACAGUUGGUCUCCUUUGUGGGUUAAGGAUUUCGUGGAACAGCUAAGAUAUGAUACUGGAAAGUUUGAUGUGUAUUGACUGUUGCCUGGCAAGAAUUUGGAUGAUGGACUACGCAUCAUAGAUAGAGAUGCUGACACCCUUAGCAUGGCUUCAGUGGUGUCAAAGAUCAAGAAUUUCAUACUGUAUGUGCACCAGAAGGACUUAUUUGAUGACAUUGAGUUAGAUGACAUUUGCAUCAUUGGUUCUCCUGAACUGCCACCAGGGAUGAGCCCUAGGAAGCCUGACCACCUUCCAGCUUUUUAUGAUGAUGUGGUUGUAAGUCCAGGGAAGAAGAGAAGGGGCACCACUUCUGCAGUUGCAGGCUAGGGCAGCAGUAGGCCACAAAGGUGCACGAUUGAGAAGGUUGCAAUGCCAAAGCCAGCUGCAGUUCCAGUGGCAAAUCCAGUUCCACCGCAAGCACCAAUGUGGAUGCCAUUUUUUGGUCCAGAUGUUCAGGAUGGCAGUGACAGUGAGGAUAGCGACUUUGCUGGAGAUAUUGUAGACUCAGACAAUGAGGUUGGCAAGGAUGAUGAUGAUCUCUUUUAUGAGUGGGUUGAUCCAGAUGCAGAAAAUGUUGCUGCAGGGGGUAAGGUGAAGCUGCCUGUGCUGGGGAUAUUGUAGACUCAGACAAUGAGGUUGGCAAGGAUGAUGAUGGUCUCUUUUAUGAGUGGGUUGAUCCAGAUGCAGAAAAUGUUGCUGCAGGGGGUAAGGUGAAGCUGCCUGUUCAGGAUGACAAUGACAGUGACUAUGACACAGAUGAGUUAAAUCUACCAGAUUCUGAAUUUGAAGAUGACAAAGAGAGUGAUGAAGGAUCAGAAGCUGAAAAGGAUGAUGACAGCAAUUCAAAGAAAAAGAAAAAGAGGAAGAAGAAGAAGGUGAAGCUGAGAAGUUUCAGACCUGAGGACAUGCAAUUCCCCAAGUUUACAUUAGGGAUGGUAUUCUCAACUGUUGGUGACCUAAGGAAAGCAAUAACUGAAUACAUCAUUCAGAACAGGGUGCCAAUCAAGUAUGCCAAGAAUGACAAGCAAAGAGUCAGGGCUCAUGGUGCAAAUCAAGAAUCAGUUGAUGACCAGAUUCUACUCAAAGAACAAGGAAUGUGAGGAGUGGGCUGGCACAAUUUGCCCCAAAGUUAGGAAGAAAUUAGCAAAAUUAGAAGACUAGGCAAACAACUGCUUCUCAUUACCUGCUGGCAGGGGCAUUUUUCAGGUUACAGGAAAGACAGGGUAGUACAUUGUGGAUCUAUAUCAGAAUGAAUGCUCCUGCAGGAGGUGGCAGUUGACUGGCAUACCUUGCCACCACUCCAUCUCUUGUUUUAGGCAUGAGAGAAUAGUACCAGAGAGCAGGGUAUCAAACUGCUACAAUGUUGAUGCCUUCAAGUUAGCUUAUGCUGAGGUGAUCAUGCCAUGUAGAGACAAGAGAGAAUGGCAAAAGAUGGGAGGAUGCCACGUUGAACCACCUGUUUAUACCAAAGUGGUUGGCAGGCCAUCCCUGAAAAGAAAGAAGAACCCUUUAGAAGAGGAGGAGGAUAGAAGGAUGUCUAGGCAUGGGGCUGUUUCACAUUGCAGUGUGUUUCACUCAGUGCAGCAUAACAAAAGGAGAUGCCCAAAGCUUGGUCGAGGUCCAGUUCAAGAGGAAGCAACAGCAGCUGAAGAGGAACCAACACCAGCUGAACCUGAAGUGGAACCAAUUCCAGCUAGGGCUACAAGACACAGGAAGCUACCUGUUAGGAGGAAUGUCAUAAUUCAUGAGGAGCCAUUAACUCAGGAAUCUGGAGUGUCAAGUGUGGGACAUAAUGUUGGAGGAAGUCAGCAGAGUACUCAGAGAUCAAUGUUGUAUGCACUGAUGGAAGAAGCUGCAACCACACAGGUAUCACAGGGCCCUCUGCCUGAGUCUAGCUUCAUUGCUAGGAACAGAGAUGCUUUGCCUACAGCAAGAGCUACCACUGCUACUGUUAAUCUUGUAGCUGGUGCAAAGAAGAGGAGGGCAACUGUAAAAAAGAGCAAGGCAGCUGCUGCAAAGGCUAAGGCACCUGAAGGAAAGGGUAAGGCAGGCGCUGCUAAGGCUAAGGCACCUGAAGGAAAGGGUAAGGCAACUACUGGGAAGAAGAAGUGAUGUGUGCAUUUUGGACAGGAGCUAUAUGUGUGCAUUUUGGACAGAUGACAGUGUUUGUAUUUUGGAUAGACACCUUUAGGUUUAGUUGCUGCUAGUAAACCACAUGCAUGAAAUAUGUUGCUGUGUGUUUGAAAGAUCUAUUGUAAUAGAUACAAACCUUCUAUGGUGCUAGCUUAUUUGGUACUGUAAAGACUAAUGUCAUGGAUUCCUGGAGCCUGACUAUUUACUACCGUGAUGUCAUGGAUUCUGUCAUGUUUCAUCUUGACUGUGUUUGAAGGAGCCUGACUAUGCAUGAAAUA